AUGGAUCGUUUUACUAUCCACCCUCCUCCUUCUAUCAAAGUUAUUACCAAGUCCAUUAUCCAACGACGUACAAGGACCAAGUAUAUCGACAAAGACUUGGAAUCGCUGGUGGUUAAAGUAAAGAUUGACCCUACAAUAGAUCCCUACCAGUUCCUUAUUAAGUACAUUGAUCCUAGCAAUAUAGGCAUGGCCGUCGUCGCGUUCAGCGUCCACAGAUUCCCAUUCAAUCCCAUACCUCCUGGCAGAGACCUUGAUAGAUGGGUGUUACAAUACCGGCGCAAAAUAAUCGGCCAUGCUGAGUCCAUGCGGGCGUUCAUACAGCUGGCCGAUAAUAUCAACCAACUUUCUGCGAUCUAUGCGGCUAUGCCAGACCCCCAGAAGCACUGGGAGCUCAUGUAUCGGCUUGCACUGUACAAUACCUACGGGGAUACGUGUUUGUACACUGCAGCUUCAGACAAAUGGGAUUCUUUCUUGGAUCGGGUCACAAGUUGA